AUGUCUAUCGUCUCGUUCCUGGUCCAGUGGAUGGAUCCGGGCGGCAGAAGCACGAUGGCCGGUAGGGCUGGUAGAAAACGCUCCUCGUCUUUGCUGGCUCAGAACCGCCGGGUCAAGAAGCCUGUCCGAUCACCUAUGACCAAGAAGGUAGGUGUUAAGGCGAAGUCAAUAAAGGGUGGGAAGGGGAAGUAUGAAGAGAAAAGGGAAGAGGAGUCGACACUGAAGGAGCCGCCUCUUACAAGCCCCCUCGUGAGCCCCGUAGUUAGCUUGAUCGUGGGCCCGGAUCAUCGCCUCUUCGUCGCGCAUGAGGAUGUACUCUCCCGGGGUACUUUCUUCGAUGCUAUGCUUCGAGAUCAGUUCAUUGAGAGCAACUUGAAUAAAGUGGUGGCUCUGCCAGAUGAGGAUCCAGAAAUCCUUUCCUGCAUUCUCGAAUUUCUCUACAAAGGCGACUACUCCCCGCGUCUUCUACGUGGGGAUGGUCUCGAAGAACCUGCCUGGCGCCUCGAGGAAGAAGCUGACAAGGAGAAUGAGAGGCAGCAGAACGCCGAGGAGGUCCUAGCAACCAAGCAAGUUCACACUCAUCCCAGCAAGGACGGUGGUCCCGCCGGCCUUAACACCUCCCCCACUGCCACCUUCCAUCAUCACCGGGCAGGCCUCAUCCUCCGGGAUACGGCCAUCUACUGCGCCGCCGAGCACUACGGCCUCCCCGAGACCCUCAAGCGCCUCGCCCUGCGCAAACAGGGUCUCCGAACCGGGAUCGCGGUGGACGUGAUCCUGCGGUCCGCGCGGUUCGCGUACGAGCAUACGCCCGAGUCGGAGGAUCGGCUGCGUGCGCGGUACCUGGCGAUGAUCAUCCGGUCACGGGCAGUCUUUAAGACCAGCGGCACGAUGCAGUUGGAGAUGGAGAGGGGCCAUCCCUUCUUUUUCGAUUUGUUUGUCGCGCUGUGUAAUCAUGUGGAUGAUCUGGAGGGGAGGGUUGCGGGGGCUGAGGUAAGCUUUGCUUGA